AUGCCUGGAAAACUGCUCAGCGAUGGCCAUCAGGCUGUGUAUCCACCAUGUCUUUUCCCACUAUCAUCCGACAAGAGCGAGAACCCAAUUACUCAGAAUGUUAUCAGCGAUUCAUUGAAUGGACGAUGGGAUGGCAUUGAGGCGUCGUUCAAAAAGCAAGGGAUCAGUAUGGCUUCGAUCCUCAAAGCCUCUUGGGGGUUGUCGUUGCAGUGCUAUGUAUCGCCAGAUGUUGUCUCCUUUGAAUACUAUGCGAAACGACGCGCCAGCUGCUAUCACAAAACAGGAAACGGCACCAACGGUAUUACGGAACAGUCAUCUUCGUCCCUGUGCAUGUUCCACCUGGCAAGGGAUGAGGAGCUGCUGAAUCUGCUUAUGCGCUUGGAGAGCGCUCAAGAAUCGUCCUUCCCAAUAUCGACCAACGCAGAACAAGCCGUCUCUGUGUCUCCAAUACCCGCUUCAAAGUUUUGGAACACAGCGCUGGCAUUCGGAGGUCAUGUCUACAACCAAGAGCCUCGAAGCAUCGGUGCCAAUGUUCAUCUUGUAGUGUCGGUGAAAAACACACCGGGCGGCAGGAUAUCAACUAGCAUUCACUACGACUCCUCGCGCAUCAACGAACAAGUAGCCCAGAGUGUGCACAGCACUUUCAACCGUGUGUUGUUCGAUGUCUUAACCUUCCCGCAGUCCAGAGUCGGUCAGGUCGAGGCAUGCUCAUAUGCAGACCAAUUCCUGAUUCGCAAGAUCACUAGCAGGAUCUCUCAGGUCGAAAAUACAUGUGUGCAUGACCUAGUUCUUCGGCAAUGUCGUCUGCAUCCAUCGCGCAUCGCAGUAUCCGGUUGGGACGGGGAUCUCACAUAUGGCGAGCUUGACGAUCUCUCGCUACGCUUGGCACACUAUCUUGCGUCACUAGGCAUCGGGCCCGAGACAUUCGUCUUCAGCUGCUUCCCCAGAUCGAUAUGGCCUAUUGUCACACGGCUCGGAAUUAUGCGCGCAGGAGGUGCUUACGUUUCUAUUCUCUCGACUGAUCCGCCUGCGUACAUUGAUUCAGCAGUCCAAAGAACAAGGGCCCGGGUGCUCCUUAGUGAUCCCGAAAACGCCAGCAAGUUCCGGCCACUGAUCGAGACAGUUCUGGAGGUGACACCGGAUUGGUUGCGUCAACUCCCUCACAAAAGUAGUCUUCUCAACGUAAUCGUAAGGCCGAACAACGCGUGUUUGAUCGUGUUCACAUCCGGGUCCACAGGAAGGCCGAAAGGCAUUGUCCAAAAGCACCAAUCGUACAGCACUGCUCUUCUGGACUACGUCAAGAAUCUUGGGCUCAAAGCUCAUACACGAUUCUUAGGGUUUGACGACUAUGCUUUUGACAUAUGUAACCUUGAGUUCCUCGUUCCCCUUAUCAUCGGCGGAUGCUGCGUCGUCCCAUGCCCAACAAAGAUGAACAGCGACCUUCAUGAGGUGAUCACUGGACUGCAAGCCAAUAUAGCCUUCUUGUCCCCGACAGCUGCAAUGAGUCUUGAUCCUAAGAAGGUGCCAUGCCUGGAAACCUUAUGUAUUGGUGGAGAGCCCAUGCCAAGAGACUUUGCACAGAAGUGGCAAACUAGCAGUACGAAGCUCAUAAACCAGUAUGGAAUGGGAGAGGCAGCCAUUUGUUGUGCCUAUAAUGAGGACGUACAACCUGAGCAGAACGACAUGAUCGGAAAAGCAGCGACUGGGGCUAUCUGGAUUGUUGAUGCAACAUCUCCAGAGCGGUUAAUGCCGGUGGGUGCAGUUGGAGAGCUCCUAAUCGAGGGGCCUCACCUAUCGCAGAAGUACUUGGACGAGGUCGGCCAAAACCAGCAAGCUGUGUUUCUCGAUGACGCGCCGUCUUGGAUGGACGAGAUGCAUCCUGAAAGAGUGCACACUUCCCGGUUCUAUCGUUCCGGUGAUCUGGGUCGUUUGCGCCACGACGGCACGAUACAAUACAUCGGGCGCAAGGACCAUAUCCUCAAGUUUGAUGGCCGCCGUGUGGAUGCGCUCGAAGUCGAGUUUCAGGCACGACGAUGCCUAACACAGAAGGACGCCAUAGUGGUUGAUAUGCUUCAUGCGGACGACGACGUGACAGAGCCGGAACUGGCAGCGUACGUAUAUCUCGAUGACCACCCGGAGAGCUCAGCUGCGUUGGUCAAGGGAGAGCCGAUCCUGUCAGAUGCAGUCGAGGACAGUCUUGCGGCGCAGAAGGUGGAAGAGAUCAAACAGGUCAUCUCUAACAAACUGCCACUGCACAUGGUGCCGACACGCUUUAUCCUGACGAGCUGGAUGCCAAGGACCGCGUCCAAGAAAACGGACCGGAAGAGGUUGCGCGUAGCGGGUGACAGUUAUCAGAAUGGCCGAUCCAAGAGGCAGAGGGCCAUGAGCAUGGACAAUGGUGUUUCCAAUAAUGUAAUGGAAUGCUAG